GUUAACACCAUCCAUCCAACAGAAGCUACAGUACUUGGUUGUAACUUGGCAUUCUUUUUUUCUCUUCAGCUUCACCAGCUUCUGCUCUGUGUUUGCAUAGAGCCAGCAACGUCGCCUUCUUCGACCGCUGUCGUUUGUUCUCUUCCGCUUUCGUUCUCAGGCUUGGCUUCGUCAUUCGACUUGCAGCUCGCGCCUUGGCCUACAGCCUCAGGUACUUGGGAGAUAGCCAUUACGAGUCGACCCUUCGAUAAGCGAUGAGCAUACGUUUUCGUCGACGAUUAUAACGAUUUACUCGAAUCUUGCCUUCGUCAUCUGUCACUCGUUAUAAAACCGAUUCAAAUCAAUUCAAACCGAACACGCAACCUUAAUAUCUGGCCUUUGCGCCGCAAUUUAAUCUUCUCUCCCUUCUUAUCACUCUCCUGUGAUGGAAAAGUUCCCCGACUUCAUCGAUACGCCCCUGGGCGAGUCACCGUCAGAGAGCCCUUUGAAUCCUCCCGGGUGGGCAAAUGGCGCACCUCCUCGUCCCUCAGAUCGAUGGCGACCCGCCUCGAAAUCAGAUAAUGGCUGGUCAACGGCUCCUCGAGGGCACAAUCGACAAAAGAGCCUCACGGAUGCUAUUCGUACAAUAAGAGGUCGCAAUGGCAGUGUUAGCCAGAACGCCCACGAGAUCGCCGAUGCCCUACGUGCCCCCGUCUCUCCGAAGCUUAUUAUUCUGUGCCUGUUGUGGUACACUUCGUCUGCCCUUACAAACACCUCCUCCAAGUCCAUCUUGAUAGCCUUUGACAAGCCCGCUACUUUGACGCUGGUCCAAUUCGCUUUCGUCUCCUCGUUAUGUAUCUUCAUGGCAUGGCUUGCGACCAUCUUCCCAGUCUUGCGAACCAAAAUUACAGCUCUCAAGCACCCGAUUCGAAAGCCAACUCGCGACGUUAUCAGAACGACUCUGCCUUUAGCCGCAUUCCAGAUCGGUGGCCACCUUCUUAGUUCGACAGCUACCUCAAAGAUCCCUGUGUCACUUGUCCAUACCAUCAAGGGUCUUUCACCCCUCUUUACCGUUCUCGCUUAUAGAAUCGUGUACGACAUUCGGUACCCCAAGACGACGUACCUGUCUCUGAUCCCUCUCACAUUCGGCGUCAUGUUGGCCUGCUCGGGCAAAACGACCUAUGGUGGAGAGCUUAUUGGUGUUAUCCAUGCUCUUUUGGCUACCGUCAUCUUCGUUACCCAAAACAUCUUCUCUAAGAAGCUCUUCAACGAGGCUGCUAAAGCUGAGGCUGAGUCGCCCCAUUCACUACCUAAGAAGUUGGAUAAGCUCAACUUACUUUGCUACUCUUCUGGCAUGGCUUUUCUUCUCACAUUGCCCAUCUGGCUUUGGUCUGAAGGAUUCACUCUUCUCAUGAACUUCUACCACGAGGGCUCGAUAGACUUGAAUGAGCAACCCAACUCGAUGGACCAUGGAAGACUCACGCUUGAGUUUGUCUUUAACGGUGUCUUCCAUUUUGGCCAGAACAUUCUCGCCUUCAUCCUACUCUCCAUGGUCUCCCCUGUUACCUAUUCAGUAGCAAGUCUCAUCAAGCGUGUGUUCGUCAUUGUCUUGGCUCUGGUAUGGUUCAGGAGUCCCACAACACCCCUACAAGGUGUGGGCAUUGCUCUCACCUUUCUGGGUCUCUACUUGUAUGACCGAACAAAGUCUGGCAACAAGGCCGAUCAAAAGGCUCAGUCGAUGCAGAUUAAGCGAUCAUCGAUUCUCCCCAUCACAAAUAAUGGACUGCGCCCAACACCUAUCAUGGAAUCCCCUCAAAGUACUGAGCUCAACGCCCGUUCUUAUCCCUACCAUGAAGGCUACUUUGGUCGGCCGUCUGCGGCAGAAGAUCCAAAAAAGUCAGACGAUGGUGUUCCUCGCAGCCGUACUCCUGGCACUGGUAACGGAGGCUGGCUCCCUCCAGGAACUAAACAGGAAGACACAUGGCAGCCAGGCGAUCGGGUUGCUGGCGUUGCAUGAGCGUUGCAUGAUAUUUCUCAUGAGUAUGUGUUAGAUUGCGUAUUUCUUUGGUGAACAGAUUUGGUGUUUCGAAUUCAAACAAUCAAAAAGAUAUGAGAGCUAGAGUUUCUCGUGUAAGGUGUUGUUGUUACUUUAUGUCCCGAUAUCUAGAUGAAGGGCUUUGGGUUCCUGUAUGACAUAUCAUGGGAUGGCGUUUUUUGUUUUGAGAGACAAGACACAACGACACUUGUGAGGCCCUCCUUUUGUCAAGGGAGCGCCGGAUGCAAUGUAUCAUUAGGUGGAUAUGGAAUGAUAAUGCUGGACUAUUUUGGAUAGAUGAGCCUGCGAUCACAG